AUGGCUAGUAAACGUAAACACAACUCGUGUACGUUAAAAGAAAAACUCGAAGUUCUCAAAAGACUAGACAAUGGUGAAAGUGCUACUCAACUUUCAAUUGAAUUUGGUGUCGGUAAAGCGACGAUCAGUGACUGGAAAAAGAAGCGGGCAAAAAUCGAACAAUUUUGCUCUGUUACAAGUGAAAACACUCUAGAAAAACGUCAAACUACUACUGUGUCAUCGUAUGACAAACUCGAUGAAGCACUUUACUUGUGGUUUUCUCAAGAGAGACAAAAAGGCAUUCCCAUUACCGGCCCUCUUAUUAAAGAAAAGGCGCUUCUACUAAACAUCCUUAUGGGAGGCGAUCCGUCAUUUUCGGCUAGUUGCGGUUUUUUAGAUCGGUGGAAAAAAAGGCACGGUAUCAGGCAACUGACUGUAACUGGCGAAAAGAUGUCUGCAGACAGCAACGCAGCCGCAGAGUAUCUUCAGGAGUUCAAAGAAAUUACAUCCUCCUACUCACCCCAGCAAGUGUACAACGCUGAUGAAACGGGGCUAAAUUUCAAAGCGUUGCCAACAAAGAGCCUAGCUUCAAGAGAAGAAAAGUCCGCUCCAGGAUUUAAAAUGGAUAAGCAACGACUAACCGUAUUAGCAUGCAGCAACGCUUCCGCCACCAAUAAGAUACCUUUGAUGGUUAUCGGUAAAUCCAAAAAACCUCGAUGUUUUAAAAACAUGAAUAUGAACGCUCUGCCGGUUUACUAUAAAAACCAAAAGAAAGCUUGGAUGGAUCGUGCUUUGUUUCAAGAAUGGUUUGAGAAACAAUUUGUGCCCAACGUGAGAGCCUACAAUGAAGAAAAUGGACUGCCUGAUAGAGCGUUGUUACUCAUAGAUAACGCUCCGUCCCAUCCGGAUGACUUAGAGCUGGUUAUUGGUGAUAUAAAAGCCAUUUUUCUACCACCGAACGUUACUUCGAUCAUACAACCAAUGGACCAAGGAGUUCUACAAGCGUUGAAGCAAAAUUAUCGGAAAAAGCUGCUCCGAAGCCUGCUUGAGGAAAAUGAAGACCUCACAAUUCUCCAAAAGCUUAAGAAAAUCACGAUCAAAGAUGUAAUUUUCUGGGUGGCAGAGGCUUGGGAGAACACAAGCGUAGGAGCUCUGCAGAAAUCUUGGAAAAAUCUUUGGCCUGAUCUGCAGUUUGUUGAAGAGGUUGUUCCACCGGUAAAUGAAUGCGAACUUCUUCCUCUUGUAAAAAAAAUACCGGGAUGCGAAAAUGUAGAGAAGGAGUGUGUUGAUGAGUGGACGGCUGUAGAUGACAAAGGCUUCGAGGAGUACACAGACGAAGACAUCGUGGCACAGGUGCAAGGAGUCCCAGCUGAUGACUCAUGUAGCAGUGAGGAUGAGGGAGACGCCCAAACUACCGAUAUUGUUCCACACAGCGCAGCUGCAAGUGCCUUUGACCUCGCUCUACGCUACGUCGAGCAACAUGCCGCUGCUACUCCCAAUGACGUAAUGUUCAUUCGGCGUUGGCGAAACAUUGCAUCGUCCAGUCGUUUUAGUGUGUUGCGUCAAAAGAAGAUCACUGACUUUAGGUCUUAA